AUGGAUCUGUCUGCGGCAGUAAAUUUGUGCCAGCAGGGACUUCAGGGUCACUUGAAUAAAGGUAAGUUUUUCUCUUUCCCUUCUUGACAGUGAAGACAAGCUAAGUUUCGAUCCCAGAAAUGUCAUUAUUUGAAACUAUUCCUUGUUGAGUUGCUCAUGCUUAUUUGACGACUGCACUCCUUUUAAGGCCAUUUUCUUAAAAAAUUGAUGGGUACCAUAAAUAUGUAUAAUACAUUAAAAAUAUGAUGAUAAGUCAAUUUCAACUGCGUAAUUUAAUUAAAUUUCUGUACAAACUGUUAGUCCUUUUUCCAAGACAUUUAUGACUGAGCCUAUGUAUUUUCUUGUUUGUUUCAACCUAUGCUAUUGCUAUCAAUUAAAUACAUCUUAUGAAGGGUUCAAACUUAUUAUGGUUGCGGUGCGCUCCACUUUAAAUGAAACUUCACCUUACGGAGCCAAGAUUAGCAAAGUUCUUCUAACACGCCCCCCCGCCCUACGCCCCCCUCCCCCCCACAGCACACCCCUCCAAAUAAUGGCAAGCAUCUAUUGAUGAUUUGCAUGUUAUUUUUUCCUUUACAUGUACUAGGUGGAUCUGUGAAGUACCUGGUUUGGAGAUCUAGAGCAUUGUGAUAUGGGCUUGUUGUUCGUUUAGAGAAAUAUUUGAAGUCAAAAUUAAUCGUGACAUGGGCUUGUUGUUCGAGAUCUAGAGCAUUGUGAAGAAAACUUUUCUAUCACCACAAUAAUAUUGGUUGUUUAGGCAGCUAUUCUUUACGUUCAAUCUGCGAACUAUAGAACAGAGAUACCCUUGCUCUCAGGUUUGAUAGAAAUUCUGAUUGUUUUCUUCUAUUCCGUGAAUGUGGAUUAUUUCCUACUUUUUUCAGUGAAACCUCUUCUCGAUGAACUUGGAUCUCUAUUAGAGGACGGUCUUGCUACAAUGCAAGCUGUAAAUCGGAACUCUUUACGCGUCCUUGACAAAUAUUUUGCUGCCAACCGUAUAAAUCAAGAGGUAGAUUGACCUUUAUGGUUGUAGAAAAUUCUUUUUUCUUCAUUCUUGUAUCUCUCGGAUGAAACUCUUUAUGCAUAUUUUAUGAAUAUGUGCUACCCUUUGAAUUUCAACUUAAAAACUCUUUACGGUAGAAAACCCAAGUGACAGAAAACCAUGAGGUUUUCUUCUUUUCUGCUAACGGGGUAGGAAUGGGUGGGUUUAUCUUCUUUUAGAUCAGGGAAAAAUGAAAAUAAUGCCGAUCAACUGUGGUUUGCAGCUGUGUGGCCAUUUCCCCAUCAUUUGGAACAUCGAUAAGUAUAUCAAAUUGCAAAUUACUCUGAAUUAUUGACGGCUAUUUCACCAUCCGCGUGGUGUGUUUGGUGUAUCUGGAGCCUUUUCUCUCUCUAGAUGAAUGGGUUCAUUUUGGUUCAGUAUGCCUGAUUAGAUACUAACUACUUUUGGUUUAAUUAAUCUAAAUCAUUUUAGAAAAUACGGAUCUCAUUGUUAAUUGCGUGUGCUUUGAAGAUAAUCUUACCAUGUCCAAGACGGGCACUGUUGCAAGGAAACAAAGUCGAAAAUGCUGUCUCAGAUUUAAUUGAAACGGAUUGAGACUGAUCUGGCCCUGAGAUCUUGUUCGUAGCCUUCAUUAGUCUAAGAUAAUUAUCGGCCUGAGAGUUCUUUUUACAGGAGGGAUCGGAGAUUGGGGAUUAUCAAGCUGAAUGGUCCUGGGAAGAAACUGGAGCCCUACUUCCUUCUGUUGAGAGUCUUCUCCUUACUUCAAUAUUGAUGAGGGCUACAUACAGCAUGCUGAAAUGUGACUACGAAAUGCAGGUAACGCAGAAUCAUGAGAUGUUUAUGGUCCUUGAUGGGCUUCCGAAUCAUCGUAACCAGUGCUAACAUCAUAGAAACUGCUAUUUUAGGAAAGGAUUAUACUCUCUUUAGGUUUCAGCUCAUCACUGGAGGAGCUGGAAGGCUACUGUCUCAUGUGGGAUCUGAGGCCAUUCAUAGAUGACGAUAUGAUGCAGCAUUGCUGGAGAUUAAUUCCCCAGACAUGUGCUCCUAAAUGA